CCCAGAUGAUUAUGAAUGUAAGAGAGUUUAACUAAAAAUGGCUGCCCCCAUCAACUUGUGCCUUGUAUGGGCAAUCUUUUUCUUCUGCAAUUGCAAUUCUUUGCCAUCUUUCCCAUCCAUCCUCAUCUUUGGCGAUUCGCUGGUGGACACUGGCAACAACAACUACAUCAAGACAAUUCUCAAGGCUAAAUAUCUCCCCUAUGGUCAAGAUUAUCCAGGCAAUCUUCCUACUGGAAGGUUUUCCAAUGGGAAACUCAUUCCUGACAUUUUGGCUUCUGCUCUUGGGAUCAAAGAUUCUGUUCCACCAUUCUUGGAUCCAACACUUUCAGAGCAUGACCUCAUUACUGGUGUUAAUUUCGCAUCAGCUGGUGCUGGAUUUGAUGAUUUAACAACUACUCUGUCCAACGCUAUCCAAGUUUCAAAGCAAAUUGAAUUGUUUAAGGUGUAUGUAGAGAAGCUUAAGGGAAUUGUUGGAGAAGGAAAAGCCAAGGAGAUCAUUAAUGGUGCUUUGGUGAUUCUAAAUGCUGGAACAAAUGACUGGCUUCUUAACUACUAUGACAUCCCUACAAGAAAGCUGCAGUUCAAUGCAACUGGGUACCGAGAUUUUCUUUUGAACGAUAAGCUUCAAAUCUUUAUUACGGAAUUGUAUGAACUUGGUUGCCGUCGGAUGGUUGUAAGUGGGCUUCCUCCAAUUGGCGUGAUACCUUUUCAAAUGAAGACUGUAAAACUUGAGAACCCAUUAGCAGGGGAAAGCUGGUUGGAGGAUCAGAAUAGAGAUUCCGGAGUUUACAAUGAAGAGCUUGUCAAGCUAUUAACUCGAUUACAGGCGACUCUUCCUGGUACCAAACUUGUCUAUAACGACUUGUAUGAACCAGUAAUGGACAUGAUUACUCAACCCGAUAAGUAUGGUUAUGUGGAAACGAAGAAGGGGUGCUGUAAAAGUACGAUAUUGCUGUGCCAUCCGCUUGCCUCAACAUGUAAAAGCCCUUCUAAGUUCCUGUUUUGGGAUAUGAUUCACCCAACUUUUACAUCCAACCAAUACCUUGUUAAAUAUAUAUUGAAGAAUGUUAUUCCCAAGUUCUUGUAGAAUUAAUCACAGCCAUGCCUGAGGCUGACGGUUCUAUCAAUAAAUAUUUUAUUAAUAA